AUGACCGACCGUGAUCAGCACUCGCAUGAUAAACGGCUCAUGUCCCAUGCCUUCUCCAAAACGACGAUCCUCCAGCAGGAGUCGGUCAUUUACGACUUUGUGCAGCAGCUGGUCGGCCGAAUGAUGCCGUUCGCGCAGUCUGGGAAAGAGUUCCCCCUCCUCGCUGGAUAUCGCUGUAUGACGCUCGAUCUGAUCACCGAAUUCGUGUUCGGCGCAACGCCGAAAGCGAUAGAAUCCGAGGACCUCAACGACCCCAUCAUUGACCAGAUUGGAGACACCGCCACUGGAUCGGUCGUUACUCAACAUAUCCCUUUCGUUCGGAAGGUCCUCCGCUUUCUCUCCAAGAAUAAGAUCACGAUACCGGGGUUUCCAGACCCGGUUCUGAAUCUUGGAUUGGCUGCCAAGAGAGGCCUAGAGGCGAUGAAAACAACAUCGCAUGUGGAAUGGACAAUGUUUAAAGCCAUGUCAGCCAACGCCUCCAAGCAGGGCAUACAGCUACGCGACGAGCAUCUGAUUGCAGAGGGGAUCUUGAUGAUCAUUGCUGGAACCGAUACCACGGCUGUCACACUCAGCACCGCAACAUAUCAUUUGAUCAAGAACCCGGAAAUCUUUGAAAGGCUCCGCCAGGAGGUCGCUCCGUUCAUGCCAAACAAGGACGCCCGGCCGUCCUUCAACGACCUCGACCACCUCCCGUUGUUGGAUGCUUGCCUCAAGGAGGGAAUGAGAUUAAGCUCGCCCGUGAGAUCAAGGCUACCCAGAGUGGUGCCCAAGGAUGGAUGGACUAGCCACGGGCGAUUUUAUAAACCGGGGACCAUAGUGAGCUCAUCGCCGCUCUAUCUUCACCAGGAGCCCAAGAUAUUCCACGACUGCGAGGCCUUCAACCCCGAUCGUUGGCUUGUGUCGCCAGAGAAGAAGAGCGAAAUGCUGCAUUACUUCCAGCCCUUUUCUAGGGGAUCGAGGCAAUGCAUCGGGCAAAACCUCUCUACCAUCGAACAGAAGAUCACUCUGGCAACCAUCGUCGCUCGUUUCGCCCCCGUCUCGGUGGCCAAGGAUACGAUUGAGUGGGGAGAGUCUUCCACGAAUGCCUUACCCGACACUCAGAUUUACGCAACCAUGGCGGCUCGGGAUAUGUAA